UUUAAUCCCUGCCUCUCCACUCGGGUCAUAAGAGAAGCAAGAACGACUUUUUCUUGUUCAGUUUUUUCCAUGGCUGUUGAAUCAGAAGCAAGGUUUCAUGUCCUGGCUGUGGAUGAUAGCGUCAUGGACAGAAAGCUCAUUGAGAAGCUCCUCAAAAUCUCUUCCUUUCAUGUUACAACAGUGGAUUCAGGAAGCAAGGCCCUUGAAUUCUUGGGAUUGUCUGCAACUGCCUCGCCAGAACAGAGUGAAAUCGAGGUGAAUUUGAUCAUAACAGAUUACUCCAUGCCAGGGAUGACAGGGUAUGACCUUCUCAAAAGGAUCAAGGGGUCAUCUUCCUUCAAGGACAUUCCAGUAGUGAUUAUGUCAGCGGAGAAUAUGCCUUCCAGGAUAAAUAGAUGCUUGGAAGGAGGAGCAGAUGAGUUCUUUCUCAAGCCAGUGAGGCUGUCUGACCUGAAAAAACUCAGGCCUCACAUACUGAAAGGGAAAUCAAAAGAGGGGCAUCUAAGUCAAGAAGAAAGCAGCGAGAUCAGUAAGAUCACCAGCAGAAGCAUCAGCCAUGACAGCAGUAGUAUCUGCUGCAGCAAAAGGAAAGCCAUGGACGAGGAAUCUGCACUAGAGAGGAGAAGACUGAGACUCUCCUGUGGUGGCUUGCAAUAUGAUCUAGCGUGAAGAACAUGGAUCCAGUCAGUUUCUUGGUUCCUCUAGUGAUGCCAAUUUUGCACUGAUAACGCAAUUCAAGAAUAGGAAAUGUAAAUAACGGGAGAAGAAGGUACUGAUCGAUGGACUUAAGAUGCCAUGAGGCUAUUUAAUCACCAGUUUCUGUUAGUUUAUUCUGGCAAAUGGUGCGGCUGCAGGCUCAUGGCAUCUCACUGCCACGAGAAAGGGUUCAUCUUUACUUGUAAUGGAGAAUCAUAACAAAAAGUAUCGAAAACAAAAUGAAAAUGAGGGAAUAAACAA